AUGGCCGCAUCGGGGGCUAAUAUCGAAUGGUCUACUACUGUUAAACCAAUUUUAACGGCACUUUAUGGUCCAUUUUUCGACAGAAAUGAUGCACUGGAAAUUAUUCAAUCCAUUAUCAAAAGUGAAAGCGAGUUUCAGAACCAUGAAGAUAUAUAUGAUUUAUUUUAUACAUGUUUUGCAUGUCUUUCUGCUCAUUUCAUCAGCAUCAAUGUACACAAUUUACCUGUUGACCAACUAAGUUCAGCAUGUGAUGCAUUCAGGAUUAUAUUACAACAAAUUCUUAAGAAGCUCUCCGAAGCUGGAUUGAGCUAUGACGAGAACACCACUACUACUGCUGCUCCAAAUGUUUCUGUCAAGCAGUUACUUUUACCGAUAGUAGGACUGUGUGGCAUUGACGGAGGUGGCUACCCUCAAUCUGAUCUAGUAAUAUUGACAUCUUUGUUGAAGAAUGCUAAGUUGCCAGCGCAUGUUAAUGUAUCAGAAACUCAAACAACAAAGUCUUCAGUAAUUCAAAGUUCUAUCACAUCCCUUGCAUCACAAACAUCGAGCAAUGAGAAACUAGCGCUCGCUUAUGCUCAACGUCGUUCAGAUGCGCUCCUAGAACAGUUAACGAUGCCAUUGAGGAAUCAGACCACUUCGAUGCCAACAUCGCAGGUCCAGCCUGCUGCAGUGGUCAUGUCUCCCGGAAGUAAAGACAGUUUGGAAAGUUCUAAAGAACCCAAUGCUAACCAACAGCCAUCCAUUGAUAUGAAGAAGUGGAUGGCAUCAACAUGUGCAUCUUUGCUAAUGGAGCUUAGAGCUGGCUUCACUGUGCUGAAGGUUUGCUCCUCAUUGCCAUGCUUGCAGCGGUAUCUUAAUCGCUGGCAAAUGGCAAAGGAAUCCGCCAUUGCACCACAAUUUAACUCUGAUGUCUCACUCCUCCAUUUUCUGGUGAAUGAAGUGCACGUUUGCCGAUUGGCGUUGUCGUUACCGUGCUUGGAGCCGUUCACGGCCGACCGCAUUGCAACACUCAGCGACAUUGCCACUGCGUGGCUGCUGUGUGCCACCGCUCAGGCCUCCCUUAACCCGAAAGAUGAGGAGAGUGAACAGCAGACAGCAACAUUAGUGGAAAGUGCCCUCAGCUUAUACAACACUGUUGGGGAAACAUUCAAGCAAUCCACACGGGCUGGUGGAUAUGUUUAUCAAAAUCAUCUUAUGAUCGGCGCCUGGGUAUUGCUGUGUGGUCUACAUCACUCGCUCGCUGGUGCACCGUACCCAUCGUCGGUACCGGGCAAGAGCCCUGCUAAAGCUCCAUCAAGGCCUUACAAUCUAACUAAAAUGCAGCAGGGUCUGAGUGUGGUGUGGGUGGCGCUGGGCGGGCGCUGGCUGGCGUGGAGCGGUGCCCUGCUGGGCGACGCGCGGCUGGAGGCGCUGGGCUGCGAGCCGGCCACGGCCGACGAGCCGGCGCCACUGCACGUGCUCGACCACCACUCCGCGCACGAGCGUGAGCUCCGUCUUGCGCACGCCGCACCCUUGCACCAGCUCUUGGUAGCACUUGGCGUAGUGUGUUAUCGCAAAGCAACAAAUUUGAAGCGCGCCGUUGUGCAGAAGCAGCACCAGGAUGCUGAUCCCGACCGCUCCGACUCCACUGUUUACUUCCAGGACAUGAUUCUAUGCUCCGAAGACUCUGAAACUGAUGAUGAAGACAGCGAGCCGUUGUUUGGGCUUUGGUUCGAGUCGACGCUGGUAGCGCCCGAUGCCGCGGAGGCGGCGGCGCGCGCCGGCACCGACGCCAACGACAACAGCGACGCGCCCGCGCGCCCGCACGCCAUCGUGCCCGACAAGGCGGAGCCCUACUCGUACAUAGCGCUGGCGACGGAAGUGUUCACGCUGCUGAGCGCGGAGCUGAUCAGCGAGGGCGUAGAGCGGCUGGGCGCGGGCGCGCUGCAGCUGCACGACUCGCACCAGGCGCUGCUCGCCGCGCUCGCCAAGGACCUCGACAGGGAGAGCGCGCGCACCGACUCCGGCGCCAUCUCGUCGUGCUACGGCGCGCGGCUGUGCGCGCUGUACGCGGAGUUCAGCUCGGCGCUGGUGCGCUACCUGCACAACCUGAGUAGCGCGCCCGCAUUCGCUGCGCUGCAGCCCGCGCUACACCAUCAGUUGGCCGGCGCCGCGCCCGCCCUCGCGCCCGACCGCUCCAACAUCACCCCGCUGCAGGUUGGUCCUCGCGUUGUAAAACUCUUAGGCAGCAUGGUUCUGAGCAAACCAGCAGCUGAUCGUGAAAACAGUAUCCUUGUGAUGUGGCACAAGAUUGUUAAUACGCUGCAGGAAUGUGCUCUACAGCCGCAGCCAUCACAGGACCAUGAUUAUGAAGAUUUGAAUGUUGAACAUGCCCAGUUGCUGGUUUAUCUAUUCCAUUCGUUGACAUUAAUGCAGAAAAAAUCUGUCCUUCUUAUGACCUCUAAUGCUAUUAUAAAAGUUGUGGAGACCUUGGCAAUUAACGACAGAAAGCGAGCUAUGACCUUGGCACCGCAUCAGCUUAUGCUUACUACACGACUGAUGCUCCUAUUGGAGUAUCUCAUGCGACAUCUUUACGAUGCACCUCACACAUUACUACAACAGAUUGAAUGGAACCUUGUAAUUGCACCCGGCCUCGCCCAACGUUCGGCAGACGCAGGCGGUUUUUCUUUCAACGUUCGGACAGACAAUGGGCAGUUCAAAUCACGUGUAUACUGCGAAGUUCCACAUAUCGAACCUGCAUACAGACACUUCUCACCAGAUGAGACUUCAAUGAGACCGAAAUUCUACUCCUUGACUGGCGCCGAGGUAAACAACCAGGAGAAUCCAAAAUUCGACGGUCUAGCUUGCAACUUUGUGCUGGGAACGCCGCAUAAGCUCAAGUACCCUCUACUUCUCGACGCAUUACUAGCGUUGCUAAAUUCUGCGUGCAUCUGCGACAACCCUCAGAACUACUCCUCGCUUUCCGCCCUCGCUGCAGCACACUACUGCUUCCAAACCGCCUGGAGGUUGGUGAUCAGCAUGCCGCCGGCUACGCCACACAUGGACAAGUUGCAGGCGGGCACGAAGGCGGAGCUCCCGUCCCCGCUGCCGCUGCACGCCAUGGUGUGGGCGCCGCGCGCCGACAACAAGAAAGUCUUCAACCCCUGGCUCAAGGACGCGCUCGUCAAGCAGGGCAUGUAUACGCAGUAUGCUGAAAAUUUACUUGCUGGUGUGAGUGCAUCCUGUGACAACAUCAAAUACACAGCUUGGCUUGCUUCAGAAACCAUUAAACAUUUAAAACAAAAUAUCACGUCGAGUGGACUUCCGUCUCUCCUGGAUGUAAUCUCUUGCGAUUGUGCAUUAAUGAGACUGAAAAUGUGUUUAGCUGAUUCUACAUCGGCUGCAGAAGCACACCAGUUCAUGCCCAAUCUCCUAGAGCUUUUGGAGACUUUAUUUGACUGCUGUCGCGUGGGCGCGAAAGCAGAGCUGGCGAGCACGUCGGAGGCGGGCGUGUCGGCGGCGGAGCGCGCGGUGAGCGCGGCGCGGCUGUCGGUGUGCAGCGGCGGCGCUACGCGCGCGGGCGGCGCGGCGGCGGGCGCGCCUGCGCUGGCCGCCUGGCUGCGCGCGCCGCUGCCGCCAUCUACCAUCGCCGCGCUCGAUCGUAUCGCCGUGCCGCCGCCCAUCCUUUGCAUCAACCCCGAAUUCUUUGAAUCGCAUAUCAUCCCAUCUGAGAGUGCAGUGCUAACUCUGGUGACGGCGCACUGUGAGCUUAUUACCGCCAACAGCAAGUACUCGAUCGGGCCUUCUCUAAAGAUGCUAGCAUAUUCUGCCGCUAAGCUGCUCGAAAUUGGUGCACCAAAGUUGGCUGAAAACAAUAAUCUUAUGAAUAAAGCCAUCGGCUUGAUUGUACCUGCUUUGACGGAUGGUGCUCUAGAAUUCUUAUCAGAGCCGUUAACUGCGACCUUGAACACACUAGUCCCGCAGACGUUGACUGCGGAACAAUUAAUACACGAGCACAUUUUGAAGACCACAUACACUGUGCUUGUAGACCAUUUACAACCAUCUACAGAGAAAACUUUACGUCAUAUGAUUAAGUAUUGGGAAAAGAUUUUGGAUCGUUUGGCUGGAAGAAAAGCAUAUGAAGCCGUUUUCUGUGAGGACUCUGGUUAUUCACUUGGUAAAAUACUACUGUCGGCUCCUAAUGCUAGGAGCCCAUAUACAGAAAGAGUAGUUAGAUUAUUCAUUAAGAUAUUUACAUGCUGCGAAAAAAAUGAACUCAACAUGUCCCUCUGUAUAUCUGUGUGCAAAUCCAUUGGAUUGGCUGACCAGCAAAAUUUGGCCAAUUUACUUUCCUACAUUUGUUCAACGGCACCUGGCAAUGCGUGCGCGAACGAAGUAGCGGGCGCGUCGAACGAUACGCCUACGGAGGCGGAGCUGGUGACACCGACGUCGUGCGCGCCGGACGCAGCCGGCGCCCCCGCUCCCGCCCCCGCGCCCGCCCCCGCCUCCGCCCCGCUUGCCUUCCGCAGCGCGCCGCGCGCCGACACCGUACCGCCUGGUUUCGAAACGCCGUGCCCAGCGCCAAGAACCCAAUCUGAUACUGCUCAGCAAUCCGGAAAUUCAGAAAGCUGCAGUUGGUCGGACGGCAGCAAGGACAACGUGGGUGUGGCUCUAGCCGAGCCCUCACCCUCACAACUCUCUGACUCGUACAACGAAAAUGUGUUUCUGUUUUCUGCGCUCUGUCGGCACAUCAUCCACCAUUGCGAUGAGGAGGUGAGCUCGCGUAUGGUGUGCGCGCUGGUGGGCGUCUUCAGCGAGGGCUGCCCGCCCAUGCUGCUGCGCGAGCUGUGCCGGCUGGCCGACGCGCACUCCGGCGCCGACCACAAGUUGCUCUUCCCCGCCGCUGUCGGCUGGCUAGCCGCAUGCGUGGACAAUCUCAGCAGUUCCGAAACUCUAGAGAAACUAGAAGAGGGCCAAGUUGGCGGUGCUCUCGCUCCACAGAUUGAGUCGGCGUGCGUACUGUUGUCAUACUUAGCCGACGCUCUACAUGCCAUAAACACGUCACCGCCUCAAGCAUGGCGGUCUCUGAGUCCUACAUGGGAAUCUCCAUCGGACCUCGGUUUCGACUUUGACUACACAGAUGAACAACAAGAUGAUGAUGAUACUAGCGCCGAUGAUUCUGAUGAGGACGCGAUGCUGCAGUACAAGCUGUGCACAUUCACGGUGACGCAGCGCGAGUUCAUGAACCAGCACUGGUACCACUGCCACACGUGCAAGAUGGUUGACGGCGUGGGCGUGUGCACGGUGUGCGCACGUGUCUGCCACCGCGGACACGACGUCUCAUACGCAAAGUUUGGCAAUUUCUUCUGCGAUUGCGGAGCCAAGCCUGACUCGAGCUGCCAAGCGCUGGUGAAGCGGUCGGCGACGCUGGGCGGCGCGCGCGCUGCCGGCGGCGAGGAGAGCGCGCCGGCGCCGUCGCUGCGCCGCCGCCCCUCCAGCCCCACCCCGCCCACCUACCUCGCGCCGCCGCGCCGCCCCGCGCUCGCGCACAACAUACAAGGGUGCCGCGCGUACCUGUGGUCGUACGGCGCGUGGGGCGCGUGCGUGCAGCGCGUGCGGCGGCUGCUGUGCGCGCUGGCGGGCGCGGCGCGCGCGGCCUGCGAGCGCACCAGCGCGGUGGGCGCGCACUCCCGCGCGCAGCGUGCGCUCGCGCAGCUACACCUUGGCGUCAAGCGCUUCCAGCACACCGACACACUCGUCAUGCCCACGCUCGGCUCCCAAGAAGGUGCAUUUGAGAACGUUCGCAUGUCGUACACGGGCGAAAAUGGUCAGACAAUCCGGCAGCUGAUGUCGGCACACAAACUGCGCCGCGUUGCCAUGUGCUGCCUCGCCUCGCCGCACGGCCGCCGCCAGCAUCUUGCAGUCUCGCAUGAAAAAGGCAAAAUUACCGUUCUGCAACUGUCUGCGCUUCUGAAACAAGCGGACUCAUCAAAACAUAAGCUUACGUUGACACGACUGUCUUCAGCGCCGAUACCAUUCACUGUGCUCAGUCUCAGCGGCAACGCCUGUAACGAGGACUUACUUGCUGUUUGCGGCCUCAAAGAGUGCCACAUACUCACAUUUAACAGUGGAGGUGCAGUAGUCGAUCAUCUUGUACUGAACACUGGCCUCGAAGGAAAUAACUAUGUGAUCAAAGCGAUUUGGCUACCCGGGUCUCAGACGCAGCUGGCUUUGGUGACAUCUGACUUUGUCAAGAUUUUCGAUCUCAGCAAGGACCUAAAUAAUCCGAUGCAUCACUUCCUUGUGCCUAGUGGAAAGGUCCGUGAUGUAACAUUUGUGAACCAAGACGGUGUAAUGCAUAUGCUGUGUAUGAGCUCUGCCGGCCACAUCUACUGGCAACCGAUGAGCGAAGAGUCCCGCGCUACACUUGGUACUUUUUAUGUCACCAACACACUCGAGGUGCUGCACCCAGAGAUACAGGAUGUGGCGGGGCUAGUCGGAGGCGGUGGUGUUUCCAUUUAUUAUUCCCACACGCUCAAGAUGCUAUUCUUUUCCUACGCCCAAGGCAAGAGUUUCCUUGCCCCUUUUAACACCGUAGAAGAAAGUGUUAAACGCACGGCUAUGAUAACCUUGUCGUCAUCAGCGUCGCAGAAGGAAGGUGGUGGACGCAGUGGCAAACAGGGAAGUGUGCAGUCACUGUGUCAAUGGGCCGAAGUGCCUGGACAUCCAGGUCUCGUCACCGCCGUGAUGCAGGCCUCCAACAAUCCCGUUAUACUUAUGCUUACGCCUACCACCAUUUACAUUCAGGAGAUAAAGGUAGUACCGGCAAAAGCGAAGAUCACAGACAUGGUGGCGGUGCGGCACUGGUGCAGCAUAUUCGGUGAGCUGAAAAGCACGUUGAUCCUGCUGUGCGAGGACGGCAGCCUGCGCAUGUACCUGGCGAGCGCGAGCAGCACGGGCUACUGGCUGUCGCCCACCAUCCAGCCCACGUACGCGCCGCGCCGCCGCCCGCGCGCACUGCCGCACCACGCCAAGCCCAAGCUGCAGCAGGCUACCACCAAAUCUAACACGAACGGUGCUCCUCAAUUCCCGAUCGAUUUCUUUGAGCACUGCGUCGCUAUGACGGACGUCGAAUUCGGUGGAAAUGAUUUGCUGCAAGUGUAUAAUACUGCACAAAUAAAGAAUCGCCUGAACACCACAAGUUUGUAUGUCGUAUCCACAAAAAUGAGUGGCUUCUCAAUGGAAGUGAUAAAUUCCGACCCCAAUAUGGUCAUUUGUGGUAUUAGAGUGUUACUCGGGAGUCAGGAUGUUGCUCGGACUCCAUCCUAUGUAGAGAUCUAUGGCCGAUCGAUACCAACAAUAGUAGUACGCAGCCGCUGGUUCGAUAUACCAUUAACUCGCGAGGAGUCCUUACAAUCAGACAAAAAACUUGUGAUCAACUUUGGACCAUCGCAAGACCCUGACGGCGUAACAACGGUUGACUCUGUUAAGGUAUAUGGAAAGAACAAGGAGCAAUUUGGUUGGCCAGAAGAAAAUGAGGAUGCUUCAGCAUGUCCAUCCACAAGCAAGAUUGCCCAGGAGUCUGAAGGAUUCAGCGGACCUUGGAGACCAAGCUCUUUAGAGCGCCUUGCUUGUGCGGCGCUGGAAGCUUUAGAGUUGGCGGCUGGUGCGCCGGUGGUUGCAGCUGCCACGGCUGGCAAUGUUGCUGCUGUCACUUCUGGUGCAACGAAUGCCACUACUGCCACGAUUGCCUCAAAUGCCACUAUCACCACGACUGAUAUGCCAAGUGCGGAAGCGGCGGCAGAAGCUGGUGGCGAGGCGGCUAGGAAACUGUUGUGUUCACCUGCCUCUGCGCAGCUUCACGCGCGCGCCCAGUGUCUACUUCGCGCCAUUUAUCAGUCGCACUACCACCAGUUUAAGGACCAAGCGAUCCUGACAUACGUGUGCACGUCGCUGCGCGAACUGCGUGACACGGCGGACCCGCGCAACAUUGACCCCGAGGCGUACUUCCGACUCGUGUUGCUGGCGCGUGGCGUGGCUGUCGCCCGCCCCCACCACCUCGUCAAGUUCACACCACCCACGCCCUCCAUACCCGACAACGGUGAUUGGUCGUCGCUGUGGAAGGGCGAUUAUGGCGAAGGCUCGGGUGGCGGUGGUGGCGGAGCGGCGGGCCCGCACCUGUGCGCGCUGCUGGUCGGUGUGCUGUGGCGCCUGGCGGGCGUGCGCGCGCCGGCCGUGGGCGGCGUGCUGGUGCACGGCCUGCGCCACGUCGAGCACACGCUGCACGCGCUCGCCGACACGCUGCACGCCUUCCAGAUGCACGCCGACACAGACAUGAUUGACUUUGGAAAUCAAAUCUACUUAUCACUUCUCUUGGCUGAAGAUCAAAGCAUAAGUUUCGGUGCCAAAGCAGCUAUGAUGAGAGUCUUACGACCACGCGUUAAAAGGCGACGUGUAUACAUACCUUCACCACCCAAUACGCCAGGUGCGGUAUCGUCAGCAACAAUGGCUCCACCGGCAAGUUCAACCACUGAGGCUGCAGCCUUAGAAUCUGAUGUAACUGCAAACCGAGAAGAGAACCAAGAGCAUCAAUUCAUGGAUGUUGAUGAUGCACUCGAACCCAUGGUUUUACUUGCUCCGGAUGGAGGUCUGGAGGCGCUGCUGGACAUCCCGGCGGACGCGGACGACGAGACCAUGGUGCAGCUGGCGAUCGCGCUGUCGCUGCAGGAGCAGCCGCGCCGCGCGCCAGCCGCGCCGUCCGCGCCGCCGCCACCUGCGCCAGCGCAAGUGUCUGCCGCCGCGCCUGCGCCCGCUUUCAGCGACGCAAACGACGUCACCGCCUCGCCUAACGGUUCGGACGACGAGGGCAGCACGGCGGCGACGGACGGCAGCACACUGCGUACGUCACCCGCCGAGCCGCCCGGCUCCGCGGGCUCAGCCGCCUCCGACAGCGGCGGCUCUGCCGCCGACAGCAUCGGCGCCGUCUCCGGACGCUCCAGCGCUUACGCAGGACCAUCAACGUCGUUUACUCAACCCGUGCCGUCAUCAUCUCGCACCAUCGAAGCGGAAAGCGAAACGCGAAAAUUACACGCCCUUCGACUUUCUCUGCUGUCAGCUGCAUUGGAUGCAUUGCCGACUCUUCGCAAUUUACCAGGAGUGCGGGCUAUACCUUUUGUUCAGGUGGUCCUAAUGUUGGCCGGAGACGUAGACUCGAGCGUGGAAGGCGAUCGCGCGGUGCUGGACCGUCUGCUGGAGCUGCUGGUGUCGGAGCUGGACAUCCCGCGGGAGGAGGGCGGCGAGCGGGAGCGCGGCGAGCUGCAGCUGGCUGUCAUGCGGCUGGAGAUGCUGGUGUCGGAGCUGGACGUGCCGCGCGAGCAGGCCGGCCCGCCCGUGCACGAGCGCACCAACAGGCGCGAGCUGCAGCUCGUCAUCAUGCGUCUGCUCAGUGUGCUAAUGGCUCGUUGGAAGACGUGCGGCGGCAGCGCUGGCGCUGGGGCUGGCGGGGGUGCGGGGGCGGGGGCGGGGACGCGCGCAGAGGCGACGGGCGCCGCGUGCGCCGCGCACGUGUCGCGCCUGGCGGCCGCUGCGCUCGUGCGUGCCGGCGCGCCGCGCCACUGCUACAACGUGCUCGCUGCGCUGCUACCAUACUGGAAGGAGAAGACAUCCAGUACCACUACUACUACCACUACGCCUGGACAACAACUUCUCAAGCCGCAACCGCCACAACCGCUACCAGACAUGCAGCCAUUCUUCGUCAAAGAAUAUGUUAAAAGUCAUGCUCUCGAUGUCUUCGAUAAUUAUCCUCAACUGCUGAUGGAAAUGGCGCUACGGCUCCCGUGUCAGAUACACAAACAUUGUGACCCGGCACACUUUGAUGCGCGUUGGCGCACCCUCCUCUGCGAGUAUAUGAUGAACCCGCAAACACCACUGAGAAAACAAGUGCGCAAAUUGCUUCUCUUGUUGUGCGGUACACGCGAACGCUACCGACUGUUGCGUGACGUGCAUGCUUUAGACACGCAUUUGAAUGCUGCACGUGAGCUGGUCGACACGCCCGAACCGGCAUAUGACAAACUAGUGCAACUUAUGGAUCAUCUCAAGGCGUGCGCGGAGAUAGUGAACGCGCGCACAGGCAACUGGCAGCACACGUGUGCGACGGAGCGGCGCUCGGCGCUCCCGUGGCUGGUGUCGGUGGCGCGGCGAGUGCACCCGCACGUGGCGCCCACCGUGCUGCAGCUGCUGCAGGCCGCGCUCUGCGCGCCGCCCCACCAGCGACACGACGCCAAGCCAUCUUCGGACUGGCCAGAACGUGAGCGCAGUGCGGACAGUGACGCGUUUGUGUCCGACGGAUCUAAGUUCCAAGAACAAAAAGUACCAAUACUUGUACAACAAAUUUUAAAACAGGUGUCUCAAGAGGAAUUAAAGAUGUUCGUCAAGGUAUUCCUUCUGGAAACAAAUUCUACGGCAGUCCGUUGGCAGGCGCAUGCGCUUCUUCUUGCAAUUUACAAUAACUCCCCGCAACAAGAGCAAGCGUCACUCGUUUCAUUGUUGUGGAGUAUUUGGCCCACAUUGCCUCAAUAUGGCCGCAAAUCAGCUCAGUUUGUCGAUCUUCUGGGAUACUUUACGUUGAAGACUCCCAAUAUUGAAACUGAGAAGUAUCUGGGCAGCGCAGUAGAGUUGCUGCGGCGGCAGAACGAGUUGCUGUCGUCGCACGGCAACGCAGCGCUGUACGCGGCGCUCGGCGCCUACGUGGAGCUCGACGGCUACUACUUGGAGUCCGAGCCCUGUCUCGUCUGCAACAACCCCGAGGUGCCCAUGGCCACCAUCAAGCUCCCCACCAUUAAGAUCGACUCGAAGUUCACGACGACGACGCAGAUCGUGAAGCUGGUGAACAGCCACAUGAUCAGCCGCAUCGCACUGCGCAUCGGCGACAUCAAGAGAGGCAAGAUGGUGCGCACCAUCAACUUCUACUAUAACAACCGCACCGUACAGGCCGUGCAGGAGCUGAAGAAUAAACCCGGAAUGUGGCAUAAAGCGAAACGCGUCCAACUGCAGUCUGGACAGUCCGAAGUGCGAGUGGACUUCCCGCUUCCUAUUGUUGCCUGCAAUCUAAUGAUGGAAUAUGCCGACUUUUAUGAGAACCAACAAGCAACCGGUGAAUCAUUACAAUGCCCGCGGUGCUCACAAUCCGUACCGGCGAAUCCCGGCGUUUGUUCCAACUGUGGUGAAAACGUGUUCCAGUGCCACAAGUGUCGGGCCAUAAACUACGACGAGAAGGACCCGUUCCUGUGCCACGCGUGUGGUUUCUGCAAGUAUGCGAAGUUCGACUACACGCUGACGGCGCGGCCGUGCUGUGCGGUGGACACCAUCGAGAACGACGAGGAGCGCAAGAAGAUGGUGCAGACCAUCGGCGCGCUGCUCGACAAGGCGGACCGCGUCUACCGGCAGCUCGUCGCCAACAAACCCGUGCUCGAGUCGCUGGUGCACAAGAUCAGCGAGCACAGGCUGGAGACGCGCGCGGACGAGAACAGCAACGCGGUGGGCGCGGGCUUCAGCGGCGCGCAGAUCAACCGCGUCAUACAGACGCUCGCGCACAAGUACUGCGUCGACAGCAAGGGCUACUUCGAGGACCUCUCCAAGAUCAUACAGAAGGUGCUGGCGUGCAGAAAAGAAUUAGUGUCCUAUGACAAAUCACAAAGUGAACAAUUGAAAGGUGAAACUCUACCCGUGUAUGCCGGACUGGUUCAGAAUUAUGAUGGAGAACUUACUAAAGAGUCUGGCGGCGGGUGCUACGGGUGCUCGCUGGCGAGCGCGGAGCAGUGCCUGACGCUGCUGCGCGCGCUGGCCUCGCAGCCCGAGCACCGCGAGCGCCUGUGCCGCUUCGGCCUCGUGCACGAGCUCGUGCACCACAACCUGCACAGCGCCACGCCACAGAGUCAAGAAGAAGUUCGUGCAUUGAUAUGCCUCGUAACGCGCGACAAUUUACCAGCGACAGAACAGCUCUGUAACUUGCUAUCUCAGCGAAUCACACUAUCUCUAAUGGGACAUGCGGCUUCUCAAGAUCAUAACAACUCCGUACGUCCUUUGGUACUGCUGUUGGGAUCACUGGUGAAGGUUCAAGAUUCUGUUGAAUGCUGGGAAGCUAGACUUCGCUGUAUUGUUAAACUCUGGGUGUGGUGUAGUCCGCAAUUGACCGAAGUUGCUGGAAUCGCUCCAGCGGCCAGCACUUUACUUAAAACUGAAGCUCUGGCUGGCAUUCCUGGCAUUAACAACUCUUCACCAAACUCCCAUCAGUUUGCACUGCAACAAGUCGCUCUGCCCUGCCUCGGUUACAUGCAACAGUUGAUGACGCCCGCAACUCCGGCCACAGCUGCUACUACAGCAACAGAAGAACAAAAUAAAGACUCCAAGCAGGAGAGCGCACCGGCGAGCACCGAGGCGGCGGCUCCGCUAAGCCAGUCCGGCAAGCUGGUGGUGGACCUGGCAUCGUGGCUGGCGGGGCGCGUGGCGCACCGCCAGUGGCGCCAGCUGUCGGCGCGCACCGCGCCGUUGCCUGACGACGCCGCGCUGCCGCCGCGCGACGUGCGUCUCGCGCGCAAGUACCUCGCCAAGUGGCGCGACCGGGUACUAUUAUCUCAUGGCAUGCGGCCUCUCGCUCUCGAAGACGGUGGCUGGCUCCGACCGGUCAUGUUUGAUCCAAGCUCUCGCAUAGCCAGGGAUACGGCUUGUCAAAUGGUUAAAUCGCUUUGCGAUUCUUAUGAACGAACAAAAGCAGUGCUGAUUUUAUUAACAAGUUUCUUGCCUGAAGUAGGCGCAGCAGGCGAGGCUAGUGAACAAUUUUUACAGCUCUAUCAAAGUUUGGCAUCUGAAACCCCGUGGAAGCAAUUCCUUGCACUCCGUGGUGUAUUACAACAGAUAGCCGAUUUAAUGACAAAGGAGAUUGAACACUUGCACCGAUUGGAAGAGACCACUCUCACAUCAGAUCUGUCUCAAGGGUACGCGCUGAAGCGGCUGACGGAGCUGCUGGCGAUGUUUCUGGAAGAGGGCGGCGCGCGGCGCGUGUACAAGGGGCGGCUGGUGGGCGCCGUGCUGGGCGGCUACCUGUCGCUGCGCCGCCUCGUCGUGCAGCGCACGCGCCUCACCGACGACACGCAGGAGAAGCUGCUCGAGCUGCUCGAGGAGAUGACCACCGGAACCGAAACAGAAACUGCGGAGUUUAUGGCAGUUUGCAUAGAGACGGUACAAAAGUAUCCACUACAUGACUAUCGCACGCCUGUCUUUAUAUUCGAGCGUUUGUGUUCUAUUAUCUAUCCAGAAGAAAAUGAUGUUGGAGAGUUCUUCCUCACGCUUGAAAAAGAUCCGCAACAGGAAGACUUUUUGCAGGGUCGCAUGUUAGGGAAUCCAUAUUCUUCACUGGAACCCGGCAUGGGUCCAUUGAUGAGAGACGUGAAGAACAAGAUAUGUACAGACUGCGAAUUGGUGGCUCUAUUGGAAGACGAUAACGGCAUGGAGCUUCUUGUUUGCAAUAAGAUUAUGUCACUUGAUCUGCCGGUUAAGGAAGUCUACAAGAAGGUAUGGUGCACAUCGGGCGAGGGUGUAGACGCUAUGCGUGUAGUGUAUCGUAUGCGUGGACUGCUCGGCGACGCUACAGAGGAGUUCGUGGAAACGCUGAGCCAGACCAAUGCCGAGGCUGUGGACGAUGAGCAGCUGUAUCGCAUGGCCAAUGUCCUGGCUGAUUGCGGCGGGCUGGAAGUGAUGCUGGCACGCCUGGCAGCGAUCAAGCGCGUGGGUGGAGCGCGCGCGCUGUGCUCGACGCUGCUGCGGCUGCUGGCACUGUGCGCGCGCGUGCGGCGCUGCGUGCGCGUGCUCACGCGCGCCAACACGCGCGCGCUACCCGUGCUGCUGCGCGCGCUGCAGCUGGCGGCCGACGAGGAGCGCGACAUGCCGCGCGCGCACCUCGUCUACCAGCUGCUCGAGAUAAUGGAGCGCAUUCUAUCAGUGGCAGCUAGUGAAAGCCUCGAGUCAUUUUUGCAGUUCUCACUCACUUUUGGAGGACCGGAAUAUGUACAGGCUCUGCUCAAUUGCACUGAGUGUCCAGGUAUACGAAACAACUCUGUUGCACUUGGCCACUUGACCCGCGUGUUGGCGGCUCUGGUGUAUGGUAAUGAUCUCAAAAUGGCGAUGUUAGUUGACCACUUUAAACCGGUACUGGAUUUCGACAAGCUUGACUCUGAGCAAUGGACAGAAGAGGAGUUCCGUAUGGAACUAUUCUGCGUUCUCUGCGCUAAUAUCGAAAGGAAUUCUAUCGGCGGAACGCUCAAAGAUUAUCUCAUAUCGUUAGGCGUGGUCCGGGAUGCAUUGGAAUAUAUAGUGAAACAUGCACCGUGCGUAAAACCAACGCUCGUAUGCACGGACUCGGACGAGUUGAAAGAGUUUAUUAGCCGACCUGCAUUGAAGUAUAUUCUGCGCUUCCUCACUGGACUCGCCACGGACCAUGAACCAACACAGAUGUUAGUGUGCGAGAAGGUGAUACCGAUCGUGCACCGUUUGGAGCAAGUGUCAUCAGGCGAGCAUGUGGGCUCUCUCGCUGAGAAUCUGUUAGAAGCGCUGCGGUCUCAACCGCAGUGCGCCGCUAAAGUGCAGCAAGUGCGGGACUUUACACGACAGGAGAAGAAGCGUCUGGCGAUGGCGGUGCGCGAGCGGCAGCUGGGCGCGCUGGGCAUGCGCAGCAACGAGCGCGGCCAGGUGACGGCGCAGUGCUCGCUAACGCAGCAGCUGGCCGACCUGGCCGAGGAGGCCGGCGCCGUCUGCUGCAUUUGCCGCGAGGGCUACAAGUACCAGCCCACCAAGGUGCUGGGCAUCUACACGUUCACGAAGCGGUGCCCGGUGGAGGAGUUCGAGGUGCGCGCGCGCAAGACGCUGGGCUACAGCACGGUGUCGCACUACAACAUCGUGCACGUCGAGUGCCACAUGGCCGCUGUGCGCCUCGCCCGCGCCAGAGAUGAAUGGGAAAGCGCGGCCCUACAAAACGCGUCGACGCGGUGCAACGGUCUAUUGCCUCUGUGGGGGCCACACGUACCAGAAUCUGCAUUUGCAAGUUGCCUUGCUAGACACACAACGUACUUACAGGAGUGCACAGGGCACCGUGACAUCGGGCACACGUGCACAAUCCACGACCUGAAGCUGCUGCUGCUGCGGUUCGCGCGCGGGCGCACUUUCCACGACGACACGGGCGGCGGCGGCCCGCUCUCCAACAUGCAGCUGGUGCCCGCGCUCGUGCACAUGGCGCUCUACGUUAUCAACACAACGCGUGUGGCGGGACGUGAGUUGACCGCGCUGGAGACUUCGCUAAACUGGGCGCCGGCGCGACUGCUCGAGUCUGCGCACGACGCUGACGGACCGUUGUACUUUGCUACGCUCACACUUCUUCUCUACCCACACGCCAAAUGGCGCGCGGUGCGCGUGAGCACGCUGAAGCGCGCGCUGCUGGUGGCGCAGGCGCGCGGCGUGGCGCCGGGCGGGCCGCCGCUGCGUGCGCUGCCGCCUGACCAUCGCGAGCCGCGCCCUUGGCCGGACUACAAGCCCUACGCACUCUUCGUCGCGCUCAUCGACCUGCUCUACUCUGUCAUGUUUAAGAAUGUCGCUGCAACAACGGUUGAGCAAUGGCCGAUCAAGCUGGCAGAGUAUAUUCGCCAUAACGAUGAAGCGAACGCGAAGGCCGCUGAGCGCAUUGUCACCACGCUGACCGACGAACUACUGCCGUGCGCCUCAUUUGCGGAGUUCUGCGACGCGGCGGGCCUCCUCGAGGACAUCCCUAGCCCCGACGCCUUCCUCCAGGUGCUCUUAGAAGAACAACCUUGA